CUGAUCUACACCACUUCAACCCCGUGCCCCAGUGAUAGGUGCCAGAGUCGUACAAAUCGCCCCGAAUUUCGCAGCACUUUCGAGUUUUCAAUUUUUCAGAAGUACCGGAAAGUCACUAACAUUUAUGAAUCGUUUGUGAAGUUGACUUCAAUGGGCGAUGUAACAGCAGUGUAUCGUCGGCCGAUUUGGGCUCAUUUAUCGGCUGCUGAGCUUAUCGCACCAGCUUCUGAUGUGUUUCUUUGCAUACCGGCGUCAAGGAACGCCGUUCUGGGGUACAUUGGAAUGCUUAUCCACGAAAAUGCUCAUCAGUGUUUUUCAAAACAGGAGAAUCCUCAAUAUGGUCCAGUUCAUUUUUUUUUGCUUGAUGGUUCUCGUAUGUUUCCCUCGUUUUUAGGUGUCGAUUACACUUCGGUGGAGAAUGCUGCCGUCUGGUGUUGCACAAUUUCUUCGGAGCUCAGUCAACACAACGCCGGCCGACUAAGCGUCGUUAAUCUCCCAAGAGGUCCCGAAUCUCUUCUUGAAUUGUUCAAAAUGGUUGGCUCAAUAGCUCAGUUGAUCAAGCUGAUCGAUACGACAAUCAAUGUUUUGCUAGCAAAAUGCCCUGACGAGUGCAUGACGGUGCUCUUCGACGCUUCACGACAUGUUUUAUUGUGUGCCUACUCCCAAAAAACGAUCACUUUUCCGGGUUCAAUUGUAGACCACCUAUUCACUGUUGGAGCUGAUCAAUUCAAGGCGUAUGUCGAAGAUAUCCGAAUCAAGGAACGGAAUCAAGUCUCGCCGGCCAUUCUGUCUAGUAUACACGAAGAUUACAAUGUCAAGUUCAACUCUUUGUCUGAUGUGUUCAAUUUUCUCACCAGGCGGCAAAUUCAGGACAGCCUGGAUAAUGGUGUGUUUGACAAUUUGAACUUCGUAUUUUUCUUCAAAUUGGUCACCUGUUCGGUUGACACGCUCAGAUUUCUAAUCACACAUUUUUUUAAAGCAACACCGGCAAACUUUUUCCGAGGAAUUCGACAGUUAAUGUCAGUGGAUCAUCGUCUCGUNUUGUCCAACAUUCCAUAUUUGGAUUUCGCUAAGCAGAUGAUACGAGCUCUUGAUGUGAAUUCACUUGCAGUGCUACUGAAUCUCAUAGUUCGAGCAGCACACUCGAAGCCGAAUUUGUCAGUAAUUGAAUACCCAGCAAUCGCUGAAUUUGCUUCUGGAAAAAAGUUGCACCCCUCUUGGUACGUGAUAUCUCAAAUGGUGAAGGCCAGUGAGAUCGUGUGCCGUUUUAUCCAGACUUCAUUCCUGAGUGAUAUUUCUACGUCUCUAAAAGGACAGAUUUGUGUCAUGCAUCGCUUGUCGGUCAGUUUAUUUGUCAGUCACGUUUUAGUGCUUGGGAAAAGUUCGAUUCUACGCGUACUCAACAACCUGCGAGUUAUUUUCGAGUGGGAGUCAACGACAGAUGCUUCGAUGCUCAAUAUGAAGCAUUUCGGGUAG